AUGAGUGGAACUUCUCGAGCAUCUGCACGUUCAACUGCUUCUGGGAGGAUAAAAACAGAAAAUCCUGCUUUAGUCAAACUUUUGACAAGUGAUUCACUAACUGACACAAGGUUCGUAGCUGCUGAGCACACAUCACCUGUACAUACGCCACACGCUUCUACUAAUGUAAAAUCAAAUAGCACGUCAACCCCAGAAAAUAGUGUCAAAAAUAGACCAAAUUCACGUUAUUCUGAGAAAGAAAAUUUAGAAAAUAGACCUGAUUCAAGAUAUUCAGAGAAAAAUAGUUCAGAACUAGCAAAAACUGACAAUAGGCCUGAUUCAAGAUAUUCAGAGAAAAAUAGUCCUGUGAAAUUAGACAUUGAUAAUAGAGCUGACUCUAGAUUUUCACAGACAAGUAAUUCAGAAAAGCAGCCUGAAUCAAGAUAUUCUUCAAAAAGUGAUAAGGCUGAAAAACAAAAAGAAAAUUCUAACAACAGUUCUUGGGGAAAUGUUGAAGAGUCUCUGACCUUUGAUGUAGAUAAUAUUAAAAACCCAGACUUUGAUCAAACAUCGCCAAAAAGUAGUUCACAAACAAAAAAAGAAGUGGAAAAUAUUCUGAAUACUGAUGGUGAUAACAAUCUUGAGAUUAAAAAUGCAGAUAGAUUGCCAAGUUCUGAAUCUUUAAAGCCUCAACAAAAUAUUUCGGGAAAAAAUACCCCAUCCAAAAUUGAUUAUUUGAAGAUUGAUAGAGUUGAAAGUCCUUUAUUUGAAAAAUCUCAAUCAAGAGAGCAAAAUAAAACACCUAGUGGUGUGAGUCAAAGUUACAGUUCUAGUAGACUUAAAAAUAUAAGCACUUCUUCUCAACAGCACCCAUUUUUGGAGGCACGGUCUGCUAGUGAGUUGCCAUUUGCACAAGGUGGUGAAGGGAUUGAAGCUGAUAGUCUCGACGUUGAUUCUGGACUUGUGCCAGAUACCACAAGCUUUUUACAAUCUGCACCUGACUCUGGUAGACAAACAUAUAGAGUGCCUACACCUGUUACUAAAAAUGUACCAGUAAUAUCUGCUGAAUCUUCUAGGUUUAGAGCCAACUCCAGAACUAGUCAGCGAACUGUGUCUGCAACUAGUGCUACAGGUGUCCCUGCACCACAAUUUGAUAGAAACGAAUCUGUAGUAAGUGACAACGGCAUACCUCCUCCAUCUAAUAUAAAUUACGAUUUGGCAAGUAAUGAUAUAGACGAUGUGAAUCAAGAUAACCUUUCUGAAACAAAAAAAUUUGACCAGCGUAAAAGUGCUGUAUCAUUCAAAGAGCCUGUUAUAAGUGAUUAUCAUAGUCAUACUGAAGGUCGUGGAACUGACGAUUGGGACACACCACGGGAAAGAGUCCCAACACCACAUCCUGCAACUCCACAAAAAUUUCAAGAUUCUUUAGAUUUUAACUCUGGCAGGACAUCAAAUUUAUCACCUGAACCUACACAUCAGUUUGAAUCAGAUAUUCCGUCUGUAUCAUUAUCACAAACAAUAAGAUCAGGGUCUGCCCGUGUAGACCAAAACAACAGUGCAAAAAGUGGUUCUGGAAGAGCUGUUAAAAAGAUAUAUAUUGAUUCUCCAACAUUUACAAGAGAAGAAGAAGACGAAUUUCGUUUUGUUGAAAGUCGUAUUGAUGAUAUGAAUGAAGAUUUAGAGGACACCGUUCGUAGAAUUGAAGAACAAGGAAAUAGGUAUAAACAAGAAAGAGAGGCAAUGAAUGAAGAAGCAGCUCGGUUAAGAGCAGAAAUUCAAGCAACUGAGGGUUAUUCAAAUUCUUAUAAUAGUAGAAAUACAAGUGAUAGAUACGGACAAAGUGACCAGAUGGAUUCAAGGAGUUACGGAAGACCACAGGAUCAGGAUAGUGGUUAUAGACAAGAGAGAAAUCAAAAUGGCUACACAAAUAAUUCUAAUGGUUAUGGGAAUGUGCGUGAUUCUCGAGACAUUCAUAAUGCUCGUAUUGAUAAUCGUUAUGAAGAUCGUAAUGUUGACGAUCAAGAAGGUUAUUCUAGAAAUCCGGGAGGUUACUCUCAAGAACCAGAAGGAUACUCUAGAAAUCAAGUUGGAUAUGCUCAGAAUCAAACAGGAUAUGCACAAAAUCAGGGAGGAUAUUCUCGAAAUCAAGGAGGUCAAGGAAGAGAAUCUGAGGGUUAUUCCCAAAAUCAAGGUGGAUAUGCUCGUGAUCAAGAUAGACAUUCUAGGGAACAAGAUGGAUAUUCUCAGGAACAAGAAAGAAAUUCACGAAGGCAAAAUGAUCAAUAUUCACGGAGACAAGAUGAUCAAUAUGAUAGACAGCAAGAUGAUCAGUAUUCACGAAGGCAGGAUGAUCAAUAUUCACGAAGACCCGAUGAUCAACCAUCACGAAGACCGGAUGAUCAACAGUCGCGAAGACAGGAUGAUCAAUAUUCAAGAAGACAGGAUGAUCAGUAUUAUGAUAGGAGGGGUGAUUCUCCAUCUCGAUAUAGGAAUGGGGAUGAAAGAGGUGAUGAUGACCUACAACGUGAAACAGAAUAUCAGGAAGAUUUACGAAACAGAUUAGAAACAAAUCAAAUACAUGACUCUGAAGUUGUUAUACCUCGCAUUCCAAUAGAUGAACAAUAUAGAGAUUCAUUAGAUGAAAAUGGAUAUAAUGAUCAACGUAAUUUUGCUAGAGACUCAUUAGACCAAGAAGGAUAUGGGAACUGGGGCAAUCCCCCUCCAAAUCCAUUUGGUCAAGGUCGUGGUGAAAAUGAAAGGUAUUUAAGUCAAAGGGAGGAAAAACCCGAAUAUGAAGAUGAUAUGGAUACUGCUAGGAUGGAACUACUACAUCCAAAAGAGCCAAGAGUUGAUUAUGUAGAAGAAAACAAAUAUACUUAUGGACUUCCCCCAAGUAAGAGUUAUAAAACUUUAAAAGAGAAAGAAAAGGAAGCAGAAAAUAAACUUAGUGAAAUAUUUAUUCAUCCUAAGAAACAAGGAAAAAAACAUAAACGAACAAUUCCAUUGCCAAAUGAGGAAAAACGACCACCUCUUACAGAGUUGCAGGGCAAUGUAGACCAAGGGGCUGAGGGAGUAUGGGCAAAAAGGUCAGCACAGUUAGCUAAACACAAGGAUGGUAAAACUACUGCAUCUGGUUCUGUUAAAAAAUCUAGAGGUCUUCAAAAAUAUCCAAGUGAUGGUCACCUUCAGACUACAAAUCAAGGUCAGAUUCAUCAAGGUCAAGGUAGAAUGUAUGGAACCCCAACACGUAAUCAGUAUCUUGAACCUUUAGGCUACAAGCCACAAGUUUCAAAGGAGGAACCAAUACAGUCCCCAGUAUAUAGGGACACAGGUUCAUAUAAAAAACCAAUCGAGUUAAAGCCAAUUAAAACUGAAAUUACAACAGACGAUGGCCAAAAAAUAAGUGUUGACAUUAACUUGAAAGUAUUAAGUCCGACUUUUCAACGAAGAGUGAGAUCUCAUCCUGAUGAUGCCCCUGAAUCUGAACCACCAUUUAAUGUUCAUGCGGAUGUCAGACACAAACAAACAGGUGAUAGACGUCCAGUUGGAGUUCAGUAUCAACCUUCAAAUCGUGGAGGGAGAGAUCAAACAGAAAGUCGGUACCAGAGUCCACCAGGUGACAGCCUUUCUCAUCAGUCACCGAUAAGUCAAGGAAGUCGACAGUAUCCAGCAGAUAACCAAUACAAUAGGCAAUAUCAGUUCAGUACAGGUUAUAUGGGAUACUGGGAUCAGCCACCUCCCCAGCAACCACCACCACUUCAGACAGAAACUUACAGAGGAAAUGAUUAUGAGGGCAUUGAUGAAGAGGCACUACUUAAGCAGGAGGAGGCAUUAAUGGCGGAAUUAAAUUUGUCUCCAAAUCCUUAUGCUAAAAUUCCACCAAUACCGAUCCGUGAUGAGCUUACUGUUCCUGUCGUUGUUGAAAAAGGAGGGUAUGCUUCUAUGUACCAGGACAGUAAGCAGAAAGAUCAAAACCAGGAACCAUGGUACCAAGUUUAUACUGUAAGAGAUUUUAAAAAGAUGCAGAAGGAGGUUCGUCUAAAUAGAGGAACACUCGGACCUGACCUGGAUAAUGAAACAUACAAGGAUAAGCUUGAGAAGAGGCAUAAACAGUUUGAAUAUGCAAGAAUGGUAAUGGAGAAAAAUAAACACGACUUACAUGAUAAGAAACCAAACAACAAGUAUCCUCGUAAAGACCCUCAGGUAGAAGAAUCAGAAAAAAGUAAACGAAAGGCAGAAAAAAUCCCUGCAGACAAAUUAAAAGAUCCAUACUUUAUUACAAGUAAAAAUCUCAAAAAAGCACAAGAAAAUAGUACACGAAAGGCACUUGAUUAUGCAAAGAAUGUUCCAAAGCCAGCAGUGAAAGCUCGUCCAACACAAUACAAUUCUUAUGAAGUUGCUUCACAGUUAUCUCCCAUUGUAAAAGCAGGAUCUACGGGGUCAAAGUCACCAACACAUAGUACACAGAAUGUUGAUGUUGUAGAUCUGAAGAAACUUCAACAAAGACAUGAACAGGAGAAGAAAAACAUAGCCAUGAUGAGAUCAAACAUGGAAUCAGUGCCUCAGAAGGCUUAAUAUAAUUUAUACUGUUAUACUUGUUUAUAGUUUAUAUAAAAAAUCUAUUUAAUAAUCUGUUCUAUAUUUUAUUUUAUAAAAAGCAAAGAAGAACAAUAUGCAAUACAUGACUUUAUGUAUUUCCUUUGUCUGAUCUUACAACAUGACAUAGUUGGUUUUAUCUAAGAUAGGAAAAGCUAUACUAGAUUUAAGUGCAGACAGAAAAAAAUGCCUGUUUGGUAUUGCACUUUUUUCUUGAAACUUUCUUACCAAAUACAAAAAUUAUUGUUAAAAAAUUGAUAAAUUUAUAUAUUUAUUGUGAAACUGAUAUAAGAUAUAAACGAUUUUAACAUUCUCAAAUUUUGCAAAGUACUCCUGAGAAAAAAAAACCAAUGAAGAGAUGAAAAGGUUUCAGUUCCAAUUCUUCAGUGAAAGUAAAAUGUUCUACAUUUGAGCAGAAAAUCUUGCAAGGAUAUUAUUUGAAUAUGUGUUUAAUGUAUAUUUAUAUAUAUGUAUAAUAUAUAGACAGUAGAGACCUAUUUAUAGUUAUAGUAUUGUCUGGGUGGAGAAAAUAUCUUUUAUGUAACCUUUUUCAAAGUUUUAUCAUUUAAAGUUUUUUGUUAUCAGCCUAGUUUUAGACUGAAAACUGAUUUAUUCCAAAGUGCCACAAGAAGAAAUCUAUAUACUUAUAUAUUAACAAAGUUUUUAAUCACAAACUGGAAGUUUUAAUAGGUAGUUUUCACAUGAAAAAGUUUAUAACGAACAGACAGUAGGCUUUAGCACUAACAGUAAUUAAACAUCAUUUACUAAGAUAAUGAAAAAAAUCAGGGGAUAAAAUUUUCUGGGUUUUUUUUGUAUCUAUUUCAAAAAAAAUAUUUUAAAAGGAUUAUAAUAGUCACAGAAUAUUUAAAAAAAUAUGUAAGUAAAUAUUUCGUAUAAAUCUUUCAAAAGACUGAAGAUAAAUUACGAAGGUCUAGAUCCUAAUUGUGUUUCAAUCUCAUACCUCCAACACAGCAUUUAUUAUAUUUUUACAUUUAGCAGUCCCAUAAAACUGACACUUGUUUCCCAACAGAAUAGGACCUCAUAUCUAUUCUUUACAUCCGUCCUAUUACACUAUUGAAUAGAACCUUUGAUCCAUGAGUCAUAGCUGUCCAAUUAGUGCUGUACAUUAUAUAACCCAUAUCGAAGCAUACUGUGAUAUAUUUUAAUAUUGUACAAAUCAUUAUUAGAAUUACGUUUUAUUAAAGUGUCAAGUUUUCAUUAUUCAUUAUUAUAUUUGUAUAUUUGAAAAAAAUGUCUUUAUUGCCAUUAUUUUUAUUCCAAGUUUAUUCAUAUUGUAUAAACCUGUCUUUAUGAAGUCUUAAAAGUAUUAAGCACAUUUGUAAUCUGAAUUGUUUUCUGUAGUGUUAUGUGAUAUGUUUGUUCCCUAUUUGUCUUAGUUUUUCAUUAAUAUUCCUUCAUUUUGAUGUAACAUUCAACUAAUCAAAAUUUAAGUGACAUUAGUUUUUAUUUUACACACAUAGUAAAAUAACAUUCUUCAUUGCAUUUUGUAUAUAUUACCUAUAUGCAUUCCAAAACAUAAUUGUAACUUGUAAGCAUAUUUGUUCAAGUACCAUCAGAAUAGUUCAUCAAUAAAGGUUGAUUUGUUUUAUGAAUUAAAAGAAACAUUAUAUAAUUGAUUUCUAUUGAUAUGAUAAAUCAUCCUUUACUAUUUAUUUCAUAUAAAAUCCACAAAAUAUUAUUUAUUGAAGCACACAUAAAAAAAUCUUAUCAUUAGCCUUUUCACCCUUUGCACUUUUAAUUUGCUCAAAGACCUAAUAUGAGUGAUUUGAAAUGUCGUGGGAAAUGUCAUCCCUGUAUUUUAUACAUUUGUACUUCAUUUAUUAUAUGUAUAAAAUUAUUACACCUUUUAUAGUUAUGCCAGGAAUUAGUGGAUAUGUAGAAGAUCUCUUAAUAUAUAUUUCUGUUUUUUUUGGGUGGUGGCAGAUCUAUGAAUAACAAAUCGUUCUACUUUUGUUGUUUGUUCAAAACAUAAUUUAAGAAAUAUUUAAAUUGUUUAUCAUUUUUUUUUUUUUUUACAUCUUUGGGAAAUUUCUGAAAUUAAUUGAAACUCCUUAAUGCAGUUAUUAUUUAUUUGAGUUGUUUUAGAAAAAAACAAAAAUUUUGUUCAGCUCUUGAUGGUUUUAAUUUCUUUCUAAGAUGUGAACACUUUAAAUUGACUAUUAAAACAACAAAAGCACUGACACAUUAUGUUACCAUCAGUAUUUAUAUAUUCACAACUUUUGUAAAUCCUAUUUGAUGUAUGACUAGAACUGUAGCUUUGAAGAUGGAUGUCAACAGAGAUAUGUAUUCAGAAAGAGAAUUAAACUGUUACAUAUUAUAA